AUGGCUGGUACCGGCCUAGUGACCGAGCUUGUCGAGAUGCAACUGCUGGGCUUGUGGCAAGACUUCUUCCCAACCUUCGAGGCGACCUUUUUGCCGGUGCUGUUGGCGGCACCUGGCAUACUGAGCGUUCGCACUGGACCGAAAUACGCCAGUCACAGCUGUCAUGAGGACGUACAUGCCGCCAUCUCAAUUACGCAAUGGACGAGCCUGCAAGCCCACGAAGAUUUUCUGAACGGUCCAUCUGCCAAGAGCUUCUUUGACGGCCUCGGAAGAUGGAUGGCUGGACCGCCGAAGGUUGGGCACUUCGAGCUCGGCAGUCUGCGCGGCCAUGGAAACUCAAGCUGGCUUGCACUGUCCAGAUCCGGCUUGAGUAACAAGAGCAGCAAGCCGAGUGACACUGCAGGUGUUGAAGCCACAUUCUCGGCCCGUUGCGUUGAGAACGAUGGCAUAAUGCUGCAGCUGUUCGUGUGCUCGACGGAGAAUGCCAUGAGGAACGUAGUGCAGUCGGCUUACGGCAGUGGCGAAGUGUUCGGAAUGCAGGUGCGGAGUCUCGGGUUCCCGUCGACUCCACGUUCGCGCGGAAAGCUGUGA